AUGAGGACGAUGAUGAGACGACGUUUUGUUGUCCUCGCGCGAUGUUCGAAAAAGAGGAGUAGUAUUCUUCUCACGAGACGAGGAAGGAAUGAGAAUACGAUCACAACAUGCAACGCGUGGAAUAACGACGACCACGAGUUUUACGGAACAGGAGGAGCUGAUGAAGAAGAAAACACGGGCAGUCUAGACGAAGGCGAUACGUUUGAAGGCGAGCAAUAUUUACGAGCGAGCGAAUCGUUGCGAGAGAAAACGAUACAAUACGAGGAAGAGAACGGAGAAUCGACGCACGUUUUACCGUCUUUAUUGUUUCCAGUCGCCGAACCGCUCAUUCCUGGACAAAGAAAAGUAUUACACCUGUACGAGCCGAGGUUUGUGAGUCUGUUGAACGAUAGCGUGGAAACGCACGGAGGAUUGUUGGCGUUCGUGCACUACUCGCAAAUACCGCCGAGCAGAGGAAAAAGCGCAAAGACGAGAGGGAGGAGAGUUUUAGAGGAUGAAAACGAAGACGACGAAGAGGAGGAAAAGGUAACGAGUAGUAGUAAUAGUACCAGCAUCGACGGCGCGAUGGCAGGAAAAACGGAACGAGAAGAAGAUAAAUUGAAUCAAAGGCCGUUGCCGAACGAGCGAGCGGAGAAAUUGGAGGUGUUUGGAGAAGUUUCCGGCGACUCGGAUUCGGAUGAUUCCGACUACGAGGAAGAGUUUGAAAGGUUCAGCGAGUUUGUGAGAAAAGUCAACAGUCGGUACGGCGACGAAGCCGGGUUUGGGUCCGCCGAUGACGACGAAGAAGACGAAGAAGAAGAUUAUUACUACGACGACGACGAUGACGACGAUGAGGAAGAGACGCAAGCGGUGCAAUUGAACGCAUCGUGUACGCUAGGUAGAGUCAUUCACUACGAGCCGAUUAAAGUUUUAUCCAGUGAUGAUUUUGAUGACGGCGUUUCUUUCGACAUCGUCGACGAACGCGGCGAAUCUUCGAGUACGUUCGGUGAAACCUACCGAGUUUUAGUCGUCGGCGAAACGCGAAUGAUGGUUGAGGACGUGAACGAAACACCCGCGGGCUACGUUGCCGGUACGUACUCCCUGGUCAACUCGCCAGACUCAAAAUUUGCUGCUCAACCGACGCAAGAUGAGCGCAAAGAAAUCGAGCAACUGGCUGACGACGUCGAACUUCUCAUGAAUUACGUCAUCGAGUUCAGCGAUAAGCUGUUGGAAGUUUCGAACGUGACGAAAGAAACGCUCUUUGAUGACAUCGUUCGUAAAGCGGAAAAUGCCAGAGAUUAUCCGACCGAAAUUCAUCGCAAGUUUGCCAUUGAAGAAGCGAAAAUGGUUCGGUGGGCAAAAGCAGUUGGCAAAGUUGAUUCGUUACACGAAAGCAUGAAAUGGGUGGAAGAAGACGGCGUCUUCUUCGACGCUAAAAUCGAAUUGGAAAACGUCGCGCGAAUGAAACGCGACCAAGAUAAGGCUGGCUUAUCCUUGGACGAUGCCAUCUUAUCUCGCCUGCGUCGUUCAGCUGCUCUCACGAUGACCCAGAACGAAGACGAAGACGAGGAUGAAAAGAAAACCACCGCCACAGACUUGAAAACGAAAUCUCGAGCCUCCACUAUGGUUCGCGCCGAGCGUCUCUCUUUCGCUGCGUUCCAAGAGGUCCCUUUCUCCUCCGAGGCUGAGAACGAAAAAUUGAUCGCUCGGAGAGCUGCUGCUAUGUCAACUUCUAGAGGAUUAGUCGACCGUUUGCGUCUCGCUAAGUUUGGAUUGGAAGAGCAACUCGGAGGCUUACGCGCCAAGUUAGCGUUGGAAAAGUCCUUGCGCGCCAUGCUCGACGGCAACACGGGUUCGUCGUCCUCCGGCGAUACCACAAACGAUACCAACACGAAGAACAAGGAAGACAAAGAUUCCGACGAGAACAAAAAUAACACGAGAGACUAA